AUGGAUUUCGCAGUGCCCUCGCUCGUCGGCACUUCUGACGGCAGCUCCUGUAACGACUCCACAGGUCUUUUGACGCCAGACAGCAGUCCCUUAUUCCGCCCCUCACACCUUAAAGACUCGUUCGAGACGCGACUCGCUCACGCUCUGGAAGAGCCCAAAAGGCGCAGACUCGAUCCGCCCUCAGCCCGCGCCGAGAGCCCCUUCAUCCCCUCGUUCGCCGACCUGUUUGCGCCUGUCCCCAGCGAUGUGAGGAAAAUCUGCGUAAUUGGCGCAGGUUAUGUCGGCGGUCCUACGGCAGCAGUCAUCGCACUACACAAUCCCAAGGUGGGCGUCGAGGUGUUGGACAGAGACCAGCGACGCAUCGAACGAUGGAACUCCGCUCACCUGCCGAUCCACGAGCCAGGUUUGAACAAGAUUGUGCGAUUGACAAGAGACGGGGCAAUUAUAAAGGAGCCCGGCGACCGCAACUCCAUUUCCCACGGACGCAAUGGCGAGUCUGACUACGUCUCCAGACGCGGCCCGAACCUCUUCUUCACGUGUGACACGCAGGUCAGCAUCUCCACUGCCGACAUGGUUUUCCUGGCAGUCAACACUCCCACGAAAACCACGGGAGUCGGUGCCGGGAGAGCGACCAACAUGACCGCUCUUGAUGGCGCUGUCAAGGAUGUGGCAUUGUAUGCGAAGCCCGGCACUAUCAUUGUUGAGAAGAGCACGGUGCCCUGUGGAACCGCUCAGCGCAUCAGGAACACGCUCGACGCGCUGCGACCGGGCGUGCCGUUUGAGGUCCUAUCAAACCCCGAAUUUCUGUCUGAAGGAACAGCGAUCAAAAAUCUCAUGAAACCGGAUCGGGUCAUUAUCGGCUCUUCUGGCACUCCUUCCGGCAAACUGGCAGCUGAUGCGCUCGCCAGUCUGUAUGCCGCAUGGAUUCCCUCGUCCCAGAUUCUACAGAUCAAUGCGUGGUCAUCAGAGCUUUCCAAGCUUGUGGCCAAUGCCAUGCUCGCACAACGGAUUAGCAGCAUCAACUCUAUCAGUGCGAUUUGCGAAGCAACAGGCGCAAACGUAGAGGAGAUCGCGAAGUCCAUCGGCCUAGAUACCCGGAUAGGACCGCAAUUCUUGAAGGCCGGUCUCGGUUUCGGGGGCUCUUGCUUCAGGAAAGAUAUUGCCAGUCUCACAUACCUCGCCGAAUCUCUGGGUCUGGAAGAAGUGGCCCAUUACUGGGGUCAGGUCAACUCGAUCAAUGUCAUGCAACGCAAUCGCUUCGCAAGAAAAGUCCUCAAAAGGUUCAACGAAAAUCUGUUUGGGAAGAAAAUCACGUUGAUGGGAUUUGCAUUCAAAAAGAACACCAGCGAUGCGCGCGAGUCUCCCGCGGUGGACGUCAUCAGAACUUUACUCGACGAGCAACCUGCGGAAAUUGCAAUUUUUGAUCCUUUUUGUGACGAAGAUGAUAUGCUCCGAGAGAUUAAUGCGGCCGUCAGCAACACACCUGGUUUUGCAGGCGAAACCUCCUCCGUGAAGAUCUACACCGAUCCAUAUGAGGCUUGUAUGGAAUCAAAUGCCAUACUUAUCAUUACAGAUUGCGACCAGUUCAAAAACUCACCUCAAAGACUUCGCGGCAGCAAUGCAUCCGAAACGAGCCUACCCACCAAUAAGCCUGCGAGCACCUGUGCGUCGCCGAAGCAACAAGAAGAUGACCAUCUAGGUGCCAACUUUGCAAACUACAGGCUAGCUCCUCAGCCAGAUUGCGUGGCCAACUGUCCCGACUGCAGAUCGAAAGCCAGGGGGCCGAUUUCCACCGACCCCGUCGAAUGGGCUCGCAUCGUCUACAGCAUGAGAGAGCCGAAAUGGAUCUUCGACGGCAGAGGCAUUAUUGAUGCAGAUGAAAUGGAGAAGCUCGGAGGUGUUCGCGUCGAUGGUAUUGGGAAGUGGCGGCCUGAAGAUGGACAGAAGCGCUGCUGGUGA